CGCCUCCCACUUCCAACCCGCCGAUUUACCCCAGUUCGACAUCCUUGGCCCAGCUCCUGCGCGGCCUUACGACGAUCCAUUCAGCAUCAUCAACACUUCCCCGGCUGAAUCCACCCAUUUCUGUUUCAACAUCCAACAGCACUCGGGUUACGUCGCCAUAACAUUGCCCGAGUUACCUUGCAUCCACACACCACGCCGCGCGCGCAAGCGAAACGGCCCAAGCAAGCCCGAACUUACGAGUUGACUACAAACCGGCCACCUCCCGCCCCCUUCCGCCAACCUCUUCCUUCAUCCGCCCGACAUUUUCCUCGACAAGAACACGUACACCAUGGCUCCCCGUAUCGAAGCACAAGAGAUCGAGACGUACUGGAACAUCUUCUCCGCCCGAACGGGCGGGGGUCAGUUCCUGACGGGAGAGCAGGCCGCGCCGGUGCUCAAGAACAGCGGCCUGACGGACAAUCAGCUCGAACGGGUGUGGGACCUCGCCGACGUUGAUAACGAUGGUAACCUUGACUUUGAGGAGUUCUGCGUUGCGAUGAGGGUCAUCUUUGAUAUUUUGAACGGGGAGUACUCAGACGUUCCCACGACACUCCCCGACUGGCUUGUGCCCGAAUCCAAAGCACAUCUUGUCCAGGCGAAUCGUGCGCUCACAGGGAAGCAAGUGGCAUUCGAGCAGGUCGAGGAUGACCCGGACUCGCCCGGUUUGAAGGAUGGCUUCGACUGGUACAUGACCCCCCAAGACAAGGCCAAAUACGAGUCGAUAUAUCAAGAAAACCGAGAUGCGCGGGGCGAAGUGGCAUUUUCCUCUCUUGAGGACCUGUACGAGUCCCUCGAUGUCCCCGACACCGACAUUCGCUCGGCGUGGAACCUCAUCAACCCCUCGGCCGGUCCCUCCAUCAACAAGGACGCCUGCCUCGCCUUCCUCCACAUCCUCAACAACCGCCACGAAGGGUUCCGUAUCCCGCGCACCGUCCCCGCGUCCCUCCGCGCCUCAUUCGAGCGCAACAAGAUCGACUAUCAGCUCGACAACCAGGCACCCGGUGCUUCUCGCUGGGCAACAAAGGCCGACGAAUCGACGGCGACGGGCCGCAAGGCCAAGUUCGGCGACCAGUACCUCACGCGCCUCGGCCGCAGCGGCUUCAAGACGAGCGGCACCGACUUCUCAACGGCCAAGACGGACGACUGGGAGGAGGUCCGCCUCAAGAAGCAGCUACAGGAGCUCGAUGAGAAGAUGGCCCGCGUUGAGGCCGACGUUGAGCGCAAGAAGGGCGGCAAGCGCGACAGCAAGCCUGCCCUCGUCAAGCGCGAGCUCGAGCAGCUUCUAGACUACAAGCGCAAGGAGCUGCGCGAGCUUGAGGACGGGGCCGGCAAAGCCAAGGGCGGCGCCAGUCUCAAGAGCGUGUCGGAAGACCUGCAGACGGUCAGGGAGCAGGUCGAGGGCCUCGAGACCCACCUCUCAUCGCGGCAGCACGUGCUCGAGCAGCUACGGAGGGAGAUUGAGGACGAGAAGCUUAGCAGAUAAGACAUGAAGCAAGAGCACAGAAAGAUGAGGCAGAGAGAAGAGACAUUGUUUUCUUCCUGUACUUUUUGGCGGCACGCGGGUGGCUUGCUUGGUGCAUUUCCCUUUAUGGAUUCCUUUUCAGCAGCUGGUUUGGCUGGGCCCCACCGUUCACGUUCAAUUUAGGGAGCCCCCCUCCCUUUCUUCUUAUCCGUACUAUUUACGCAUAUGUGCAUGUAAGAUUAUAAUGUUAGUCCGUUCCCUGGUGAGAUUUGAUGAGAAGGGUGCAACGGGUUAGGACGCAGGACAGAAUGCGCUUCACCGCAGAGAGUGAAGAGAUAACGGGGGGGUAAUCAAAACAUACGAUGCAGUUGUCUGCACUUGGGUGAUGAUACCUAUUGUUU